AUGAAUAAAGAUAAAAGUAGAGACAUUAGAAGCGACUUUAAAAGACUUAUACCUUCAAAUUUCAGCAUGUGUGUAGAUGGAGGUGAACAGCACUCUGAUUUAUUGGCAUGGCUUAUGAACGCACAGGAAGAAACCGAUUUGGUUCUUUCUAACACAUUUGUUAAUCCACAUCAAAAGAAAAAAUAUUUAAAGCAACAUCUUAGCAACAAGCUUCACGAGCGACUUUGUAAUGUCUACAAGAGAAAAUUAUUUGUGACUUGA